AUGUCUUCAGAGGCAGUGUCAGACGCCGAUGCUGGCAGGAGGAGCCUGAAGAAGCCGCGUCCGUUCAGCAUCGAGGACAUCCUCUCCAGCCCCGUGGAGAAAAGCCCCCMGGUCCUGGUGCCGCUGUGCCUCCGGAGCGUCUUGGACUGCACCACUAAGGGGCUGUGCGAGCUGGAGAGCAUCCCAGCCAGCUCCCUGCACGAGGAGGAGGAGGAGGAAGAGGAGGAGGAAGAGCUGGAAGGGGCAGGCUGCAACUGCUGCUGCUGCUCUCACASGAGCGCCCGUUCCCUGCAGGAGCUGCCGGGCUGGCUGGACACCCGGCUCCCCUGGCCCAUGCGGAUUUUCCACCCGGCAGUCAGGGUGUGUAGGGGUCCCCAGGAGAAGCAGAGCGAGCUGCAGGCUCUCCAGCAGCUGCAGCGCCGCACCCGCCGCCACCGCACCAUAUUCACCGAGGAGCAGCUGCAGGCCCUGGAGACGCUUUUCCAUCAGAACCAGUACCCGGACGUGGUCACCCGCGAGCACCUGGCCAACCGCAUCCACCUGAAGGAGGAGAGGGUGGAGGUUUGGUUUAAAAAUCGCCGGGCGAAGUGGCGGCAUCAGAAGAGAGCGACUGCCUCGGCACUGAUGGUUCAGGGCCCCAAGCAGCCCCCCAAAGAGAGCUGUUAGUGCUCACAGGCUGCAGCUCAGCACAGCAACACCAACAGCACCCACAGCUGCCGGCUCUGGGAGGGUGUCACCCAACAGGGACUCAUGGAGCAAAGGGAAUCUCUGUGAUUCAGAGGACAGAUAAAAGCAGACAUCAUGGCACUUUCACAUCCCURUUCCAAACCUAGUUCAUGCAGCAAACAACUCGGCAUGAUGUGCAGGGACGGAGCUGUACCAGUGUUAAAUGUGUGUGCUKCAAGACACGGGGAGACUCCCCCUCUUGUCCUUGCUCUGUGAAUGUAGUGUUUUUGCUCGGUUUACUGAUGUAGAUUUGCAAAAUAUCUUGCAAAUGAAUGUUUCCUGUCUGCAGCACCUCA